GAUUUAGUUUAGGUAGUCACUGCGCCUUUAAUAUUUGUCAGGACUGUUUGGGUUGUUUUAUGGACACCUUGAUUGAAUUAUGUUUAUGUAGUUAAAUACCAAAGGCAUUUAGGGAGUUGAGCGAAUAUUCCAGCAAAAUAAUCCUCAGAGAGCUCAAUACCGAGAGCAUAUGGACAUUGGAGAGCAGUCUUGACAUUUCUCAUGGACUCAUACACACCAAGGUGCACUUGAUCACUAUCCACUCUUUCUAUUGGAUUAUGGAUUUAUUUCUCAUGUGCGACAGUCAUGCGCUCAGCAUGUCUUUUCCUCUGCAAGAUGUUUCAGCACGUGUAUUUUCCUGUUUAACUUGACAAUUACAAGCAACGACCCCGAGAGCUGCCAUUCUGUUCGCGUUUACAUCUACAUCAGCGAAAUGAGUAGGAACUUGCUCUUUUAGCAGCUGACAUUUUCUCAAAAACACUGUGACAGCAGAUGAGGGCGAAACUUUUGUGUUGCUGUUUCCACGCGUGACAAUCCCACAAGGACAUAAAGGAGUAAUUAUGCCCUUAAGAAAACGAGACACAGCCAGGGCAAUAUGUCUCCUGGAGGACUACUGCUCCAAACUGAAGAAACCAGAGGAACAACAGCUCAAAACUUCCAUCUUAAGAGUCAUGGGCAUUUUCAAAAGCAGUCUUUUCCAGGCUCUCGUAGAUAUCCAAGAGUUUUAUGAACUGACCCUGCUGAAUUCUCAGAAGAGCUGUGAGGAGAAGCUGGUAGAGGUGAAUCAUAUGGCUGAGCAGUGGGAACACACUGCCACUAACUCAACCUCACCCACAGAGGGUCCGCAGCCAGCCUUCACACCACCAGAGUUGAGAGAAGAGAGUCACAUGGAGCUGGCAGCAGAGGAGCCUGCCAAAGGAAGUAUGAAUACAGAGAACAGGCCUCCGGCAGUACAGGGCAACCAGCACCAAAGCCAAUCUCCAACAUGUAUGAACCCAGCCCUGAUGAGCUCCCCUUGGUACCGGUAUCAGGAUGAAGAUUCCCCAUCUCCGGAACAUGGCUUCCCGCGACUCACCAAUGAAGUUCGAGCGCCGGAGCUGGUGCACGUAUCGGAGAAGAACCUCUCCGAAAUUGAGAAUGUGCAUGGCUAUGUUUCCCACUCUCACAUUUCACCACUUAAGCCUGCGCUGGUUACCCGGUUUGAUCUAACAUACCCGGGGGUGACCGCAGCAAACUACCUGGCAAGUCCUGCUCCAAUUAUUGUCAACACGGACACUUUGGAAUCUGUACCAUACGUAAAUGGGACAGAAAUUGAAUAUGAAUUUGAAGAGAUUACAUUAGAGCGGGGUAACUCAGGGCUGGGGUUCAGUAUAGCAGGUGGUACAGAUAACCCUCACAUCGGCGAUGAUCCUGGGAUCUUCAUCACAAAGAUCAUCCCUGGAGGAGCAGCGGCUGAAGAUGGCAGACUCAGAGUGAAUGACUGUAUUUUACGUGUGAACGAUGCAGAUGUCUCGGAGGUGUCUCACAGUAAGGCGGUGGAGGCUCUGAAAGCGGCCGGAUCGAUUGUGAGGCUCUAUGUGCGCAGGAGGAGACCAAUGCUGGAAACAGUCACCGAAAUUAAACUCAUAAAAGGACCAAAAGGGCUCGGCUUCAGUAUUGCUGGUGGUCUGGGAAACCAACACAUCCCGGGUGAUAACAGCAUUUAUGUCACUAAAAUCAUUGAUGGGGGAGCUGCACAGAAGGAUGGACGGUUACAAGUUGGAGACAGACUGCUCAUGGUGAAUAACUACACUCUAGAAGAGGUGACCCAUGAAGAAGCAGUGGCCAUAUUGAAGAACACGUCAGAUGUAGUAUACCUAAAAGUUGGGAAAACCACUAAUGUCUAUCUCUCAGACCCCUAUGGGCCGCCGGAUAUCACACACUCAUUCUCACCCGCUAUGGAAAAUCAUAUAUCUUCCCCUGGUAAUAACGGCACUCUGGAAUAUAAGUCCAGUCUUCCGCCCAUCUCCCCUGGCCGAUAUUCCCCCCUGCCCAAGCACUUGCUGGGGGAAGAGGACAUUAACAGGUUGGAUGGUUUUUCCUUCCUACGAAAUCCCUCGUUAGAUGAGAUGGAAGGUCACAGGUUUGAUUCCCAGCACUUCCAGUUGAGGCCUCCAGAGCCAGUUUACAGCACUGUGAACAAACUGAGUGACCGCGCCCCCUCUCCCCAUCUCUACUCCCCCGUGGAGUUUGAUAAAAGCCCCAUGCACUCAAUCCCCCACUUUCCUCACUAUCACGCAGGCCUGCUCCCUGACUCCGAGAUCUCCAGGGAGCCCAGGAAGAUCAUUCUGCACAAGGGCUCGACUGGACUGGGCUUCAACAUCGUAGGAGGAGAAGAUGGAGAAGGCAUUUUCGUCUCCUUCAUACUUGCAGGAGGGCCCGCAGACCUCAGCGGAGAGCUGCGGAGAGGAGACCAGAUCCUAUCCGUUAAUGGAAUCGAUCUGCGAGGUGCCACUCAUGAACAAGCUGCAGCUGCCCUGAAAGGAGCGGGCCAGACGGUAACCAUCAUCGCCCAAUACCGGCCCGAGGAACUUGCCCUGUGCUCCCCACGCCGGGCCCCGCCACCAACUGCAGAAUACGGGCGUUUCGAGGCCAAGAUUCAUGACUUACGAGAGCAGAUGAUGAACCACAGCAUGAGUUCUGGAUCGGGAUCCCUCCGAACCAAUCAAAAACGCUCGCUCUAUGUCAGGGCUCUGUUUGACUAUGAGAGGGCAAAGGAUAGUGGGCUUCCCAGCCAGGGUCUCAGUUUCCGAUAUGGAGACAUCCUCCAUGUUAUCAAUGCAUCUGAUGAUGAGUGGUGGCAGGCCAGGAGAGUGACGCCCGAAGGAGACAGUGAGGAGAUGGGCGUCAUCCCCAGCAAGAGGAGGGUGGAGAGAAAAGAGAGAGCCCGUCUGAAGACGGUUAAAUUCAACGCAAAACCCGGUAGCCUCGAUUCUAAAGGGUCAUUCAGUGAAAAACGUAGAAAGAACUUCAUCUUUUCACGCAAGUUCCCUUUCUACAAGAACAAGGACGCAGACGAGCAAGACGGCAGUGACUCAGAACGGAGUCAAGAGGAACUGAUCCUCUCAUAUGAGCCCGUCAUCAGACAAGAGAUUAAUUACGCUAGACCAGUAAUAAUCUUGGGACCCAUGAAGGAUAGAAUCAACGAUGACCUCAUUUCCGAGUUCCCGGACAAGUUUGGAUCAUGUGUGCCACCGGCUAACAGUUCUGAUCAAGAAGAUACUACCAGAUCAAAGCGGGAUUAUGAAGUGGAUGGGAGAGAUUAUCACUUUGUGUCCUCGCGUGAGCAGAUGGAGAAAGACAUCCAAGAGCACAAGUUCAUCGAGGCUGGACAGUACAAUGACAAUCUGUAUGGAACCAGUGUACAAUCUGUCAAAUACGUGGCUGAGAGGGGAAAGCACUGCAUACUUGACGUGUCUGGGAAUGCGAUAAAACGACUACAAGUAGCACAACUCUACCCCAUUGCCAUCUUUAUAAAGCCUAGAUCCAUUGAGUCCUUAAUGGAGAUGAAUAAGAGGUUGACGGAGGAACAGGCCAAAAAGACGUACGACCGUGCCAUGAAACUGGAGCAGGAGUUUGGCGAGUAUUUCUCAGCGCUGGUUCAAGGAGACACGCUAGAGGACAUUUAUAGCCAGUGUAAGAUGGUGAUAGAGGAACAGUCUGGACCUUACAUCUGGAUUCCCUCAAAAGAAAAACUAUAAAAAAAACACCUUACCCUUGCAGGGACCUUGGACUGGAGAAAAAAACACACAGAUAGAAAUAAUUUGUAAUAUGAUAUAAAUUAUUAUUAUGGCAAUGUUUAUUGUUAACUCUUAAAGUGAUUUUUUUUCCAGUUUGUUUGUUUGUUUGUUUUACAUUGCAUUUUUCACUUUCAAUAUGAAUGUUCCUGAAUGUACACCACGAAGUGUUAGAAGCAUUUUUAGUCUCAACAAAAAAAGUGAACUCUUUGUUUGUAUAUUUAUUGGUUAGCAUUU